AUGUCCCGUGCGGCUCCAUGGGCGUCCCGCGCACGGUUGCUGGCGAAGCUUCGUCCUUAUGCCGUGGCGGGUGCGACCGAGGCUGGGAAAGCACCUGUGACGUUCUUGCCCGAGGUCUGCGGCCAUGUUCGGGGCUUCGCCCCGGCGGAGCUUCGCCUGGUCUUAGCCGCCUUUGCAGGCCACGGGCAGUUGCUCUGGCUAAGGCCGGGUUCCCGCUUCGGGGCUGUCGACAUGCCAGAAGCUGCUGUGACAUUGCAGGACCUGGUCUUGCAGCUACUCGUAGGGGGCUCCCGGCUCGGCAACCCGCAGCAGCUACUCGAGACCGGAGAGGCUGUCUCCAUGCACGCUCCCUGUACCUCGCGCUUGGCGUCCGAGUUUUGGGUGGUCUUCGCGGAGCGAGUGACCCGCCUGGCCGGCUCCGAAAGCUUAGAGGGACAGCAGAUGGCCUGGGUCUUCUCCACGUGUGCACGUUGGACGCGGCGAUGCUCCGCAGUCGUUUCGCCAAGUUGGGGUCACAUGAUCCGAACCAUCGGGGGCAGACUGGCGGAGCCGGAGAACUUGAGCAAGCUUGAACUGCCUGAGGUAGUUGCAUUGGCCAAAGAUGCCGCACACCUCGGAGAGCCCCAGCCAAGGCUCGCUGCUGCCGUCGGCCGUCGGGUUGGCUUGCCGGAAAGCCGUGGGAGGGACCGCGGCAUGCAUGACCUGAGCCCGCAAGACCUGAUCGACCUCAUCGGCGCUGCCGGCUCGCUCGGUGGCCGGCUGCACAUGAUGACCCGGGCCUUCUCGAACCAGUUGGAACCCAGAAUGCCGGAGCUGCCCACGUCUUCGUUGGCCCAGCUUUGCUCGCACUUGGGAGCCCUGAAUAUGUUUCCGCAGCAUCUCACUGCGACCCUCGAGAACGUGCUCGCCGAACGGCUAAACCAGGAGCCGCUCGAGGCUUCCUCGGCCCUGAAGCUCCUGCGCGCCUUUGGCCGACUCCGCUGGCGUGCCCCUGGAGUGCUGGGCCCCGUCCUGGCGUGCCUGAAGAAGCCUGCAUCUAUGGAUGCCCUGGGCGGUGCCGCUCUGGGAAGCCUUCUUUACGAGCUAUACAGGCUGGACAUAUGGGACGAGGCAGCAGCCAGCGCGGUCUGCCAAAGGCUUCGUGGUCCCCCACUGGACAGCGACUUGGGCGACCCCCGGAAUGAUGCCCUGCACAUGGUGUCCUCGCUGCCCUGCAAGACAGCGGCCAACGUACUUCUUGCGAUGAGCUACUUCGCGGUUCCGGACAAGGAUCUCCACAGACGCCUCGUCCAGGAGCUUCUUCGUGCGAAGGACCUGCCUCAGGAAGCCAUGUACCAGGUGAAGACUUUCGAGAUGGCGAUCCGUUUGGGCCACGCUGCAGUUUCUCUCCAGGACCUGGGCGGUCUGGCCGCACGCUGGCUCUUCAGUGUGCGCGGCGCCGCGGGCGCACCGGAGCUGCGGGGAGAGUCGGCCUUCGCAGAUGAGGUUUCCCAGGUGGCGAGGAACAUCUCCUGGCACCACCGGGCGGAGGUGGAAGUGGGCCCGUACAUGCUCGACUUUGCUGCGGUGAGCACGGACGGGCAUGACCAGGAGAACCCACCGGACGGCUGGGACGAGAACAAGCCUGGACGCUCGCUGGCUCGUUACUGCGUAGCUGUGGAGGCGGAUGGGCCCACGCACUUCUACAGGCCGCACGGGAAGCCUUGGCAUUGGACCUCCACGUCCAAACUCCGCCACCGCCUGCUGUCGGCCAUGAGAAUCCGAGUGGCCCACGUGCCUUUCUUCGACUGGCUGCAGCUGGAAGGACUUGCCCAAAAGGAGGCCUACUUGACCGAACUGCUCCUCAAAGUGCACAGCAGCCCUUUCCCUUCACUGAAGCUCGAGGUCCCGGCAGGUGCUGAGCCAACCGAGCCGCCCAAUGCCAGCGCGGUUGGGGCGGAGAGGACCAGAGGUAGCUACAUCCGGCGGAAGGUCACCAUGAGGUCUCUUGCACUUGCCAGCCUGGGCUUGAGACAUCCAGUGAAGCCCUGGCAAUCUGUUGCAGGGGCUUUGCUCUCCUGCAGAUCCGCAGGAAACAUUAUGAUGAUAGGCUUCCAGUUCACCACCAAGGGCCACCCGGAAGAGGCCUGUCGGGCCCUGGACCUGGCAGCAUUGCAGGACUUGCAAUGUCGCCUCUUUUCAGAGGCUUUCCAGUGGAUCGACACAUGGCUUGACGAGCUGAAGGAGUGCUAUGCCAGAGUUACAGACGAUCCCUACGAAGAGGACCUCUUCCUGCUGCAGCAUUCUGCAGCCGUGCGCGAGGCGGACGAGAUCAAUGCAUCGAAGGCCGCCUUGCAGACCCUUAGCCCCGAGCCGGACUCGACAGAGGCAGGGCCCCUCGUGCGGCUCCUGCACCUGAUAACAUCGAUCCGUCAUCGCGUGGCCGCCCGCUGGGGCUGGGGAUCCUCAGAUCCCAAGCCGCCCACACCAGAGGAGGCCUGCACCUCAGGACUUUUCUUCAAGUAUUCGGACGUCAAGCUAGAGGAGAAUCUGGAAGCUACCUUCAGUCUCCACUCUCAUGGAGCAGACUGCAGCAGCAAGAGCGCUUUCGGCCCCAACGAGUGCUGCCUACAGUUCGGGACUGACAUUGGCGUGACCAUCCAGGCUGUUCUCCCACAGAAUCUUACACAGGAUGCGGUAAUGCAUACGCGAGUCUCAGCCUGGUAUGGAUGGAUCCCUCUCUGGGACUCCAUGAGCUGCAAAAUCUGCGGUGAGCCCUGCAGAGCUUGCCCCUCCAUCAGCCAGUACCUGCCUUCCCUGUUUCCAUGCGAGCCCACGCCCAUGCCGGACUGCCCGAUCCCGGCCGGAUCGGUGACAAAUUCGGCCAAUGUGACGCUGCCGCUGGAUGUACAACAGAAAGCCAAAGGAAGUAAGGCGACGGUCACAUACUCCCUAACACGCGCUGACGGAUCCGUCGUGACCUCUGGCGAAGUCUUCGGCAAGGUGUCGUAG